GUUGAAGAGAAGAAGACCUGGACUGAAGCCCAGCACUACUGCAGAGAGCAUCACACUGACCUGGCCACAGUGUCUAACAUGACAGACAUGGAGAGACUCCGUGACUCUGCACAGAAUCAAGAUGGAGCCUGGAUUGGGCUUUACAGCGACCCUGAAAGAAAUGAGAGAGGGACGUGGCACUGGCAGUGGUCUCUGCCAGGGCUGGAGUCCAGGUAUAGGGAGAGCAGAUGGCAUAAAGGACAGCCGAAUAAUUACCGUUCUACAAAUGAGAAAUGUGUGCUGAUGGACAAUCACACAUGGAAGGAUGUCCGUUGUUGUAGUUAUCAUAAAUGUAUGUGCUAUGAUGGUGAGAAUAUGUAACUAAUAAUGUUAUUAUGUGUAUACAGCAGAUCAUCCUGUCUAACAAUAGUUUUCGUUGACAUAUACCUCCUCUUUUUGCGUGGGAUUAAGUAGAAACUUGGCUGAUAAGGUUAAAAAAUUAGAUAUUUAAAAGUCAAAAGUCAACUGGUGUUAUUUUCUAUUUAUUUAUUUACUUUUAAGUAACAUUACUGGUAAGUGUGGUGAUAAAAUGUCUCUUUCUCUACAUGCAGAAAUGAAUUCUAAUCCAGUCCUACUUUUAAUGAUGUGAUCCACCUUAUUAUAUCACACACACUUUGAUCUUGUAAACAUGUGAACCUGCAGUGGAUUCAUUUUAAUUUAUCUCACGUUAUUGUUUCACCUGUUUAAAUAAGAAAAAAGGAUUUUUAUGAGAUGAAAUAACUUGUAAACAGUGUGUGUUUCUUAGUUUGUCUGUUUAUCCCACAGAAAGGAGGCAAUCCAAUAAGAGAUUCCAUCUGAUUGAAGACAAGAUGAGAACCUGGCCACAGGCUCAGAACUACUGCAGAGAACAUCACACUGACCUGGUCAGUGGAGACCAACAGUUAGAGGACGACGAAUUCAAGAGAGAGUAUAAGUCAAACAAGUACGUGUGGAUCGGCCUGUUCAGAGACUCCUGGAGGUGGUCAGAUGGGAGCAGUUUCUCUUUCAGAUACAGGGGUCCACAGUUUUACGAUGACUCAGGCAGUGAGAGAUGUGCUGUGACCAUGCUGAAUGAUGGAGGCAGAUGGAGGGAUGAAGACUGUGAUGAGACAAAACCCUUCUUCUGCUAUGGCGAUAAAGUGAUCCCGACCGAUGAGAGCGAGACCUCAGAGGAUGCCUUAUAUUACUGCGGAGGGAAUUAACCAACCCUGACGAGCAGCAAUGGGUCCAAGAGAAAGCCAAGAAGGCCAACAGUCCCUACGUCUGGCUGGAGGAGAACUUAAGUGGUUCAAAAAGAAUGACAAUGAGAAGUUUAAUUUCAUCUGUUCUACGUGCCAAACCCUCUAUACUCACUGUUAGCAGGCCUUUGAUUCAUUUACUCACUUUGUUUGCAGUGCUGUGUUACAUUUGGAAACAUUUACACUAUAAGAUGUGUUUGUUGAACAGCAUUCUGGGACAUGUAGUAAUCCCAGCCUGAGGGGGAGAGAUGUGAAAUCACCAGCAGACUUUUUAACAGCAGAUUUAAAUAGAGAGAAAGUAGCUACAUUGAAGUCAGUUUCAAAGCAGCAUCAGAUUACUGAGGAUGUGACCCUGUGAUGGGUUUUUCUGUCUCUUUAUUCUGAUUCAACAACACCUGAGUUAUCAAUAUUUGUCAUUUUCUGAGCUUGUUGUUGUUAUAUUUUAUUUCUCUAUCUUUAAUUCAUCUUUUGAGGUUGUAUUUAGUUUUCUGUAUAAUUCACAGUGUGUAUGGUCGACGUCUUUAUGGUAGGAACUGGAAUGAAUACACCAGUCUACAGUGUACUGGUUUGAUUUUGCUCUCAUGUAUUCAAAUAUGGAACAUGUUACUAUCUUUAUUUAGGUUUUGAGCAGUGAUGGCCAAAUGAGGCCUCAUGAACCACUGUCUUUAUUUUCUGAAGCCACCAGAUGGCGCCGUCUGUUCAACAAAGGUUUGAAAGCACACUUCAUUGCAAGUCCUUCAGCCUUUAUCUUUAAACCAAGAGCGCCAUGUGGUGGGGUCAGAAAAUAAAGAAAGUGGUCCAUGAGGCUUCAUCUGGCCGUCACUAGUUUUGAUCUAGUUGGUUUUAUUAUGUAAAAUCUUUGUUUUUAAUAAUCACGUUUUUGGAGUUUUGUGUAAACAGAUAAUUGUUUUCUCUGAGCUUGAAUAAACUGU